AUGCUUCCUACACGACAUAUAAACUUUGCCUUUAUUUCUCCCCUCCUCGGUGUCCUCUAUUUGUACACCACGAAUAUCUCCAUCCGGAUAGGGCAGUACAGUACAGGCCGUACAUUGAGGGCAAGCCAGUGUUUUGGGUACACGAGGUAUAGUUCAGUAACGCAAAAAAAAAAAAAAAGAAGCCUAGGCUCCCUUGAAGUUAUGUGGAGGUUUGGUGCCUCCUCCACAGGUUUGAAGGCCGGUUCCCCGCUGGUUGGGUCGGCGUCCCGCCGCUGCGGCUCAACAGCAACUCCUUCGAGGCGGCGCAGCGGGUUCUUCAAAAUGGGUGACAUGUACAAACCCGGUCGUUACACUUCGAAAGAUCUACCAAAAGGCCCAAGUGGGUCUAACCAACCGUGGGAUCCCGUGUACGCCAACUACGCCUUCCAGCUCGUAACGGGCCCUCUAAAGCGGAAACAAAACACCACACCAGAUGACCAUCUCACUGUCGACGAGCUUGACAAGUGGAUGGAUGCGAAAGGUGCCGCCAAGGUUCUUGGAAUUAAAGAAGAGGAGCUUCCGACAUUGACGGCACCCGCGGUGGAAGAGUAUUGGGCAAAAGCAUACGGUCAGCGGAACAACGCUCAUCAACAGGAAACUGUUAUUGCGGCUGAAGUGUUACUAGAGUAUAUCGACUCAACCGUACACCGCAAGAAGAGUCGGCAGUACUACCGACGGUAUAUGGAUAACGCAAGGCAGGCUAUCGAUCAUGAAACUGAAAUGCGUCGUAGCGAACAUCGUCAAAAAUUCAUACAUCUCUUUGGUGUGGCGAUGUUUACGGGUUCAGCAAUAGUGGUAAUCAUUGCGUUCUUUCGUGGUUACUUCACACGUCAGGAUGUGGAAAAGAUAGGGACUGACGCGGCUGCAUAUCUCAACAUGGUGUUUUCGCAACCACCAAAUCUGGAGCCACCACCAGAUUACUCCACGCGAUAUCGUGACACUCCGCCAGCUAUGGAGCUUGCAAAACAACAAGGCGUGUAUGGAGUUGUUGACCCUGCUCGCCUUUCUAACCUCUCUAAGGAUGUGAAGCAGUACCGUGCGGAUGAGGAAAUGGAGAUGCUUCGGAUGCUGAACGAUGAGAACGAUAAGGCGCGACAAAGGCGGAAGGGGGAUCAGGUGCGGGAGAGUCGCGUGGUUGUGUACCGCGCUGGUGACUUUGAUGAUGCAGGUGAACUAAAGGAUCUGGCGAAGGAAAAGGAGGCGGUGAAGCCUUUGUCCGCUUUUUCUCAACAAUCAUUCCGUGACUUUGCUGCUUUGAUGGCUUCACAGUUUGGUGGAGGUUCACGGUUUCAACGCAUUACGCAGGACAGCGUUCGGCGCGCGGAAGAAAUGGAGAGGAUGCAGAAGCGUAUGAAUGAAAUUGAAGAGUAG